GUGUGAGGCGAAUUAUUAUGCAGUACUUUUAGCAUAUGCAACAUGAAUGUGACAUUUUAAGUAUUUGUACCGGCCUUAUUUUUCUUCAGUAUUUACAUAACGUCAAAAGUUGUAUCACCCUAAAAGCUAUUAAACUUGAUCAAUAUUGUUACUAAACUUUACCGAUAAAUCAAUAGAAAAAGCUGACCUGUUUUGUGUCCUCUGCAGAUGGUCCCAGUGCUCGUGAACAUACCUUUGGCCACGGUGUUUGUGCUAAGCUGCAUGUGUGCCGUGCCGUUGCAGGGCCAGAAGCCGGGUCAAGUGGACCCCCUGACGGCCCACCGGGCAAACCCGCAGUGCUGGGACUCCUCCUCGGCGCUGCUGCUGGAGAUGCGCUCCCCGAGGAUCGCUGACACGGUGCCCGCCUUCUGGGACCUGAUGGUGUUCCUCAAGUCGUCAGACAACAGCAAACACACGGCGCUGUACUGGGACCUGGCCCGGGUUUUCUGGGACAUCUAUGUCGACUGCGUGCUGUCCAGGAGUCACGGCCUCGGACGGAGACACAUCACCGCUGUACAUUCCCUCAUUACUGACAAGACCUUCAGGUUCAACAGCUCAGGUGUGAACUCCCGGGCAUGGCUCAGUGUCAGAGUGAGACGCAGAGGACACAUCAAGACCUUGAAGAUCAAACCCAAAUCAAACAAACAAAUACGCACACAUAAUUAAUGAGAUUUUAGUUUAUAGUAUUAAUCAAUAUUUUCUUUUCUUCUGAAAAAAAUAUAAUUUAUAUAUCAUUUCAAAAAUAUAAUGCAACCUUAAGGGGAAUUUGUGGAGCUGUAUGCUGCCCUACAAAGCUAAGAUGCUGUAACUACAUAUUUACAGUCAAAAUUCACUUCAGAUCAGAAUGGGAUGUGAAAUUAGCUUUUUUCAUGUAAAAGAAAUUAAUUGCAAAGAAAUUGGGAUGUUAUAUACAACAAAAUCCUGCUAAAAACCAAAUGAAACAGUCAAACUAACUAAAGAGUGUCAAAUUUAGGUCAGCUAGCUUGACCUGACUAAAGCUUAAUUUACUUACUUUGCCUUCACCUGUUUCCUGCAAUUGAAAUAUAUAAUUUUUGAUGAAGUAACAUCUCGAUAAUUAAGUUUGUUUAGUUUGUACUGUGUAAUUAAAGCAGCAGCCAAAUCUAGUCAUAGAGAAAAAAAUAGCUAAAGUAACCCUGCUAAAAAGGUAACUUGCCUAGCUUAGCAGAGUAGCAGUACCUAGUGAAUUUUGACUCUAGUGGAACUUACAGUUUGGUGUGGUUAAGCUACUUUUAAAUUACACAUAAAUAUGAUUAAAAAGUUCUUAAUACAUCAAUGUUUAAAACUUUUUUUCAACUUCAGCUUUUCUGUAGUGCUUAACAGCUCUCUGCCUUUGUAGGGCAGUGUGGUUCUCAAUGCUGAGUUUUGUUGACUUAUCAUAGACAUAUUUUCUCAAUGUUAAUGGACAAUAAAGUGUCUUAAUAAAUGAAAAUACUGGACAGAGUUCACUUGACACCAUUAGAUAGCAUGCCUUAAAGUGUAUUAUCACUUAAUAUUAUGAAGACUUUUCAAAUACGAAAAUAGGCUAAACUGACUCGAAAUAAUAGUCAAAUUUUUCAUAGUUUCUUACCUCUGUGUGUUAACUGGUAACACUGCAUACAUGCAGUAUUGCUGCUAUGGUCACCUACAGUUUGAUACUUCUUGCACUGAUUCAAAACUGAUAUGCCCUAAUUUUUGUUAUCAUAUGUUCCAGUGACAGCAUAUGUCCCUAUAUCAAAACUAAUAUUUUAUAUGACAAUAUAUGGACAAUAGUCGAUUCUUGUCAAAAUGAUUAUAAGAUUACCUGUUUGUUUGUUCAUCUAUGUGUAUGAUUAUUUUAAGUACAAUAAAUUCAUGUAUCUUG